GUUUUGUAGAAAUCACUAUUUUCCAAAAUGGCCGGCGAAGUGAUGCAAGAAAAUGCCAAAGAAGAAGAUAGUGAGAAGUCUGCAGGAAAAAUAAAGUUAGAGAAAUGGUUGAACAAAAGUAUGAAGAUCAAGAUGACAGAUGGGAGAACUUUAAUUGGAGUAUUUUUAUGUACAGAUAAAGACAGAAAUGUAAUAUUAGGCUCGUGUGAAGAGUAUUUGAGAUCUCCAGAUAUAGAAGACAGAGAAGAUCCAAGAAUAUUAGGACUUGCUAUGAUCCCAGGACAUCAGAUAGUCACUGUACAUAUUGAUGAAAAUGAUAAUAAUGAUCACGGAAUUUUGUGAUGAAAACAAAUAGUCAUAUAUAUUUUUCUUAAUUGAUAUUCUUGACACUUUAAAUAUGACAUGGUUUGGAAUAUCAAGCCAUCCUACAAAGAGAAGAAAUGUGUUGGAUUUUUAUUGUUGGUGUUGAAUAAUCACAACACAAUGCUUAUUUCUUUGAAACUGGAUGGACUUCGAAGAUGUGUUGCCUUACUCAUGGCCAAAUGACAGAGUUUUAGAAGACAUUUAUGAUUAGUGAUAUUUUUAUAUUAUUGUUCAAUAAAUUUAAGAAAUGCAG